AUAUUUAUCAAAUGUUCAAAUGUAUAUGGAGCCAAUGAUUUAACACACUGUUUGCGUUGCUUCCUGUAGAUUUAACUAAACGAGUAACAUGGAAUUCGAAGGAAAUUACGUCGCUUUGGAAAAGAAAGGAACAGAGAACAAAAUGGACCUAUGCUGUGACCCCAAUGGAGAGCUACAGUCAGAGGUUGCUCAGCAUCCUCAGAGUAUGCGCCAUGUUGCCAACCUCAUCAUUGCCCUGCAGAGAAUGAAGAACAGCCACACAGCAAUAGGCACAGAGUUCAGCGACCAUGAGCUGCUCAACAUCUUGAUGGAGAAUGUGGUGGAAGAGCGUUCGAUGCGAAGGGUAAACGAGGACACAGAGAGUCGGGUCACCACAUACAUCAGUACCUCACAGGAGAAGUACGAUGUGCGUGACCAGUUCCAGAAGAGCUGGGUGCUGAUCAAGGAGGCGCGAGAGCUGCAGGCCAUGACCCUACAGGGCGGGAGCGUGCAUCACAAAGUACAAUUGAACCUAUCUACAUAUGUGGCCCCCAGCACCAAUAACAGUCACAGCCGACCUGUUGCCUUGGGGAUCGUCGGCACUGAUCUCUACCUGUCAUGUUCUGUGUCAUCAGACAAAGCCAUUUUGCAGUUGGAGGAGGUCAAAGACAAAGAUGCACUGAAAACCAUUAGUGGACAGGGAGACAUGGUGCGUUUUUUGUUCCUGAAAGGAGACAGCGGCCUCUCCAUGACCAGCUUUGAGUCUGCUAGAAUCCCAGGAUGGUUCAUCAGCACAGCUAAGGAGGACAAGAAGCCAGUAGAGAUGUGCUCAGCAGGGGACUCUAACCGUAUCACCUACUUCAAGGUCAAUAACGUAUCUGACCAGUAA